AUGCUUUUUAGAAGAAGUCUAAGAUUUUUCAAUUUUCGUUUCUUCUCUGAGGUACAGAAAGCUAUAAAUCCUAUGAAAGAUUUAAUCACACAGAUAGAAAACAAUAUAAAUGCGGUAGAAUUGAUGAAAAAAGAAAGAGAAAUGAGUGAGGUUGCUCAAGAAAGAAAAAGGGCUUUGAAUGAUUUAGAACAGACAGCGGCGUUUAAGGUGCAUGAGUUUGAUAAUGAAAAUUUGUUAAAGAUAUUGAAAAUUUAUGCUGAAAAUGACCAAGGGACUGAAAAGUUACUGUCAGCGAUUUCUUCACAGAUAUACAGAAGAAUUCAUUCAUUUUCGUAUCAAGAAUUGUCAGAUAUUGUAUUUUAUCUUUAUAACUGGGAGUAUGAAUCACGAGUUUUUGAUGUUAUAGACAAUUUAUUGAUCAAAAAUCCAUUUGAAAUCACUCCUGAGAUGGCUGCAAGGAUUUCAUUAGCGUAUGGAAUGAAGAAAAAAGGAUCAGACACAUUGUUCAAAAUUAUUACCAAUAUAUUUUUGACAAAGAAAGCAGAAAUUAAUGCAGAAAACGGAAUUAUGAUUAUCACAGGGCUUUAUAAAAAAGAGUAUAAAGAUUUUGCACUUUUAAGAGCUAUUGAAGAAUGGGCUGUAAGUAAAGCAGAAACAAUGAACCCUUCACAGAUUUCUCAAUUGUUUUACUGCUUAAUUAAAUUAGAAAGCCCUGAUUCUGUGCUAGAAAAAAUAGAAAAUUCCUUUAAAAUUCAAGAUUUCCAAGCAAAAGAUAUAGAAAAAGUCUUAGGGUGUUAUUUAUUUAAAAAUAGAGCUUUGCCAAAUGGAAAAUUAUUAGACCGCUGCAUAGAGCUAAUAAGCAAAAACCAAAUAACUCCAUCUGAGCUAGUUCAAUUAAUUUACACAUUAUCUCAACACAACAACACUGCAGAUAUUUUCACUGAAAUUGAAAAAUUGAUCGUGAAUUCAAUAGAAAGUUUCACCCAAGAAGAAAUUGUUUACCUAUUUGUAGCAUUAAUUCGAACUGGCAAAGAAACUCCUAGUAUUUUAUCAAUUCUUAAGCCUUGUCUUGAUACAAAUAUUGACGCAAAAUAUUUAUCAAUGAUUUAUGCAUCGAUUCUUCGUAGAGGUAAUCUUUAUAUUGAAACUCUAGAACCUUUAUUCAAAUGGACAGCGACUUGUAUUAAAGGGAAUAUUCUUGACACUCAGUCAAUUAUUGCAGCACUUUACACUUUGCUUCAUCUAAAAUACCAAAAUCUAGAGUUUUGGUCCAAUAUCUUAAAAUGCAUUAAAGACAUAAAAAUCCGAAGUGCUGAUGAGUAUAUACAAAUUUAUAAAAUAACUCAAAGGAUUGGGAAACUUGAUUUAGACGUAGGAGAAGUUUUAGAAUUUUUGUCUAGAAGAUAUGAAAACCCUAAUUAA